UUCGGUUCGGAAUUUCGAAUUUUACGGAAACCAUUCAAAAUCGUUUGAAUGGAAACAAAUAUUUGAAAUAUGUGCCAAUACAAAGAAUGGGAAUUUUAAUAAGCCAAUAAAUGAAUAACAAAUAGCUGCCCUAUUUAAUUCAGAAAACUUUUCAAAGUCAAUGGCCCUUUGUGGGUGAAAUAAAUUCCAGUGUCGCUAUAGCAAAUAAUCCCGCAUAUAAAUGUGAACACAAUAGAGUUUUGGCCCAGUGUGUGGGCGUGUGUCAAUAACCAAGGCAACUAUCAAACACGCCCUCUCCCGCAAAAACAGCUUAAACAUAAUCAUUUCGCAGCUUAGAAGGCGUUAAACGCAUUUAAGCCGGGUCAAGUAAGUGGUCGAAAGGACAAAAGACUCCGGGCAUUGUGUCUUCGGUGGUCAGUUAAAAAGUGCCCCAGUGUAAAACCCAAAAAAAAACCAAAGGAUACCAGGGAAAAUAGAGGGAGUGGUCAAGGCAUCCCAUUCUGCGGAUACCAGCUUAGUUAGCAAAGAAGUACCUGAAGUGGCAGUGCUGAGUGGCAGGAUGUGGUAGAAUGUGGUAGAAUGUGGUAGAAUGAGUGACCACAACCACAUCGAUUCGGUGAAUGCCAGCGGGAGUGAUCCCCUCCUGGAGCUGCACAACCUGGCAGACAUCGGCGAGAGUGUGGAGCUGCAGUGUCUGGUGCAGGAGCACAUCGAAGCCUCGACCUAUGGCAACGCCAGUGACCACUGCCUCACCCAGUUCGACUCGAUCCUGUGCUGGCCAAGGACUGCCCGCGGAACCCUGGCGGUGCUCCAGUGCAUGGACGAGCUGCAGGGGAUUCAUUACGAUAGCACCAAGAAUGCAACGAGGUUCUGCCACGCCAAUGGAACCUGGGAGAAGUACACCAACUACGAUGCCUGCGCCCACCUGCCCGCCCCCGAAUCCGUGCCGGAGUUCGAGGUCAUCGUGGAGCUGCCCACCAUUAUCUACUACAUCGGUUAUACCCUCAGCCUGGUCUCGCUCUCGCUGGCGCUGAUUGUUUUCGCCUACUUCAAGGAGCUGCGUUGCCUGCGCAACACCAUUCACGCCAAUUUGUUCUUCACGUACAUCAUGUCGGCUUUGUUCUGGAUACUCUUGUUGUCCGUCCAGAUAUCCAUCCGAAGUGGCGUGGGCAGUUGCAUUGCCCUGAUCACCCUCUUCCACUUCUUCACGCUGACGAAUUUCUUUUGGAUGCUGGUCGAGGGAUUGUACCUGUACAUGCUGGUGGUGAAGACCUUUUCGGGGGACAAUUUGCGAUUUAAUAUCUACGCCUCCAUAGGCUGGGGUGGUCCGGCCUUGUUCGUUGUCACUUGGGCGGUGGCCAAGAGUCUGACGGUCACUUACAGCACCCCCGAAAAGUAUGAAAUCAACUGUCCCUGGAUGCAGGAGACCCAUGUGGAUUGGAUAUACCAGGGACCCGUCUGUGCCGUGCUAAUCAUCAAUCUCACCUUCCUGCUGCGCAUCAUGUGGGUUCUUAUCACAAAGCUGCGCUCGGCCAAUACAGUGGAGACUCGUCAGUAUAGGAAAGCAGCCAAGGCCCUGCUGGUGCUCAUCCCCCUUUUUGGCAUCACCUACCUGGUGGUGCUCGCUGGACCAUCGGAAUCUGGCUUAAUGGGUCACAUGUUCGCCGUACUGAGAGCCGUUUUACUCAGCACUCAGGGCUUCUCGGUGUCGCUGUUCUACUGUUUCCUCAACUCGGAGGUGCGAAAUGCACUGAGACACCACAUUUCCACGUGGCGGGACACGCGCACCAUCCAGCUGAACCAAAACCGACGUUACACGACGAAGAGUUUCACGAAAGGCGGUGGUUCCCCUCGAGCCGAGAGCAUGCGACCUUUGACCAGCUACUACGGACGUGGAAAGCGGGAGUCCUGCGUGAGUUCGGCCACCACCACCACACUGGUGGGUCAACAUGCUCCACUUUCGCUCCACCGGGGAUCCAACAAUGCCCUGCACACGAUGCCCACGAUGGCGGGCAAUGCCAUGAGUUCCGGCAGCACUCUGAGCGUAAUGCCCCGGGCCAUUAGUCCUCUGAUGAGGCAAGGACUCGAGGAGAACUCGGUGUAGACAGAGCCUCAGCAACUGCAUCUUAAGAGACUGAACUUUCAUUGAAUUCCACUUCCGUGUCGGAGAUCUGCGAGUGCGAUUAGUUACUAUAGCUAGUACCAUAUUUUAGGAGGAGUGCGAUGAAAGAACGAAACCAAGUACCAAGCGGAGCAAGCAAGCCAGUUAAGUUAGGUCAAUCGUUUUAAACUGUUAGAUGUCGUCUAUGUGAACCGCUGAGAGCCCUAUCCCAUAGAAGAAAAUAACCCAUUGCGCCAUUUACUCCAACUGUAGCUGUUGAAUUUAACUCAAUGUGCAAAUGGAUUAAUUCUCUGUAUGAAACACAAAUCUGAGCAUCUAAAUAAAUGUUCUAUUUACUUCGGUGUA